AUUCAUUUGGAGUUCAGACGCCUGCGGAUCUUCGUGUGUGUUACUCGCGUAAUCACGUCAUUCGUUUCUUGUUUGUGAAAUAAUCCAACCAAUUCGCUUACGCUACUUCUAUUCGCCCUUCUAUUUAUCAUCAUGCCAAGAAAGCAAAAUUUUUCAAAAAAGUAUGUCGAUGAAAAAUUCAAACAUCUUGUUUUUUACAAAUGUGUAGUUAAUCUGACAAGAGAAGACAUAGAAAUUAAAAAAUUGAGCUUGGAAAAUACAGUCAAGGAAGAUGGUAAUACAUCUAAACAAAAAAAUAUAUCAAUAGACGAGGAGCCUGUUAAAAAAAAACAGAAGUUGGAUACAAAUGAAAUAGAUAUUUUGAAAUUGGAAUCUAGAAAGGGAGGAACUCGAUCAAAACUCAAGUCUUCAUUAAAUUCCAAUAAUGAAAUUGCUUCUACCAGUACAGAGGAGGUACCCAUGGUUAUUGAUUGCGCUACUGAAUCUGUGAACUCUUCUGCUGAAAAUGCAAGACCUAAGAUCUGGGUUAAGGAUUUUAAUGAAAUGAUAAAUGAAUUAUAUUUAAGUAGUACCAACGUAAAUGAAGCUAAACCACCUGUAGAUGACAAAAAUCACGCAAAAUGGAAUUUAAUUGAAAUUGAAAAAUUACAUAAUGAGUAUUUUAGCAAUUCCGUACAAAUUAAUAUUGUGACUAUUGCAAAUAUACUAAACGCAAUUUCAAAUUCUAACGAAUAUCUCAAAGAACGAUUGGAUGAAUCUACUAAGAAAAGAUCUGAGGCUGAAAAAAUUAAAUAUAUAUGUGAUGCCCGCCGAUUACAUGAAAGAUAUAAUACAAUUUUAGAAACUAAGUUGAAGAACAAAUUUAUAGACAUUACAUCAUCUUUUAAAGAAUCGGAAUUCUAUUCAGCAUUUAUAAUGUUUUUUCUAAGUAUACUAAAUGUUCUUCAAGUUUUGGAUCAGACAAAAUUCGGUCAUAGUCAAGAAUUCUUUGAAAUUGUUAAACAAUUGCUGCCGGAAAGUUUGAUAAAUAAUGAAUGUAACCAUCCCAACAUUUUUGCAACGUUCCAGUCAAUAAAAUUUUAUUCUGACUGCAUGAAUGUACUAAGUGUUAUUAAUGAUAGUCGGGAUACUGACCCUGGAGUCGCUGAUCGCAUGCCAUUGUAUUUUUUAAAGACGGCAAACAGCCUGGAAUAUUUUAAAGCAGUAAUUAAUGCCGUCACCAGUGAUUCAAACGAAGACCUUUCAUUAUUAAUUGAUAAUGCUACUUUUAAUUGUUACUAUAAUUCAGAUCGUACAGAUCCUGUGGUUUCAUCAACUGUACAGCAUUCAAAUUACAAUUUACCUUCGACAGAAACAAUUCAAAGCCCUAUCAACUCUAAUGAAACAAUGCAUCACUGGUUCCUUUCUAAAAAUCAAGAUGGAACUUACCCGUAUAAACCUGUGCUAAUUGAUAAUAAGUUUCAAGUUAUUGGCAAUACUGCGGUCGAUCCUUCGAUUGUAACGAGUCAGCCAUUAACUAGCUUCGACAAAGCACACUCUUCUUCACUACAAAAAAAAACUUUUAAAGUAAUACCAACUAAAAAAUGUGAUGUUGUUAUGCCAACUACUAUUUCCAACAGUCCUUUGGUGCAAGUAACAUCAUCAUCAUCAAUGGCUUCAACAUUAACACCACCAAAAACUACAUCUGGGAAAUUUCAACAAAAGAUUCAGAAUAAGAAAACCGUGGCAAACAGUUCUCAAGCCGUAUGCAAUAUUAUUGUAAUUGAUAACAAACAUUAUCAAUUGGUUAAGGAUACAUCAGGUCAAUUGAGAGCAGUUUUUAUGCCAACUAUUUCUGUAAAUCCUUUAGUUACAGUAACAGCAUUGACGCCAGAUACUACAACAUCAACACCUACAAUAACAACAUGUCAAUCAGUUAAUGGGCCGUCAGGUCAAAUGAGAGCAGUAGACAAUGGUACUUUGUCACCAGCAACCGUUAUUAUCAGAUGCGACGAGGGACAUUGCAACAAAUCUGCAACAAUAACGUGUAAAUGUAGAAAGGUGAACUACUGUUCCGAUAGCUGCAGAGCACGCCACUGGUAUGUUCAUUAUACUGACUGUGAAGAAAGACAGACUCGAUCCUAAACUUUCCAUUACAUGUGAUAUAUUUAUAUGAUAAAGUUUUUCAUGAAAAUAUUUUUAUUUUUAUGUUUAAAAUAUAAUGGAUCAUGUUUUUAUAAUUUAAUGUUUCUUAAGUUUGUAUAAUUAAUAUUACGAUUGAUUACUAAUAUGUAUAAUCUAAUAUUACUACAUAGUUUUUAGGAUUCUAUGUAUUUUUUAUAUGUACCUACUACAGUCAUUUUUGGUAUUUUUUAUGUUAUAUAUCAUCAUUUUUACUAAUUGUAUUGCUAUCUUACCUUGUAUGUUUAUAUACCUAAUUAUACAAAGAGCUCAGUCGCUUAUUUUAUAAUAAUCAAUAAUAUUGAUUCUAUUGAAGCUAGAUUGUUUUAGGUAUAGAAUGUGAGGUAAUGAGGUAUCCAAGAACAUUUAAAAUAAAAUUAUUAC